AUGCCGGCAUCGAAACCUCCAAAACGAACACCAGAUUGGAAAGAAAUUGCCUAUGAAGCUCAAGCCCUUCGUGACCAAACCUUGGCUGAUGUUGGAACAACUGUUCGACUGCCACUGCAGCUUCCAACAAACGUCAUCAAUAUUCCGGAAAAGGCUUUGUCGGAGGCAAACAUUCGGAUAACAUCUCUGUCUCCACAACAGCUUAUAGAUCUAAUAUCCAAUGGGCAGCUAUCAGCUCAGGAAGUUGUUCAAGCCUUCCUGGAAAGAGCUGUAGCUGCCCAGAAGCUCACGAACUGUCUAACCGAACUUCUUCCUCAACGAGCUAUUUCUCGAGCUGUAGAGCUUGAUAACCACUUUUCUCAAGGCUCCGUCCCCGUUGGGCCUCUUCACGGUCUACCCAUCAGCGUCAAAUCCCAUAUUGGUAUUGCCCAUAGACCACUUGCCUCUGGUUAUUGUGCCUUAUUCCACUCACACACCCGCCCUGUCUCUGAUGCAUUAGUGGUGCAAAUUCUCACGCGAGCCGGUGCCAUUGUCCAUGCUCGGACAACAGAGCCUCAGAGCAUGAUGCAGCUUGAAUGUGCUUCAAACAUAUUCGGAGUCACCACAAAUCCGUAUUCUCACAUUGCUCUGUCUUCAGGUGGAUCGUCUGGUGGCGAAGGGGCGCUGAUAGCAUUGCGCGGCUCCGUCCUGGGUAUAGGAAGUGACGUGGGUGGGUCAAUUCGUGUCCCGGCUGCUGCAUGUGGGAUUUACGGGUUAAAACCAACGUCUUUUCGAGUGCCAACGACUGGCUGGAGCAGUACUCCACCGGGAGCAGACCCAAUAGUAACGGUGUUGGGGCCGAUGGGCGUCAACUUGGAAGUAUUGGAGCUGUUUAUGAGGGUAGUUGUCGCCGCAGAAUCGUGGAAAGUCGAGCCAGCACUCAUACCCUUGCCAUGGAGCGCGGUAUCGAUAAAUCCAAUCGCAGAGAAGCCAUUGCGCUUGGGGAUAAUAUGGCAAGAUGAGAUCGUCCAGCCACAUCCACCGGUGCAGAGGGUGCUGAGAGAGUUCGCAGAUAAAGUGAGUGGAUUGUCGCAUGUGGAAGUGGUUAAUUUUCCGGUAUAUAAGCAUGACGAGGCGUGGGCAAUUGUUUCAAGCUUAUAUUUCACUGAUGGUGGCGACGCUGAUAUCGCAGUCAUGGCCCAGUCGGGAGAGCCAUGGCUGCCCUUAACUGAUUGGAUCAUGAAAAAGAAUCCAGGAGUGAAGAAAUUAAGCCGCAGUGAGCUUGAAUACUGGCUGGAAGAGCGAGAGGAAUUCCGACUGGAGUAUUUACAGCACUGGAAUAAGACGGGACGCUGGGAUGAAGCUUCAGGAUCUUGGGAGAAUACUGUGGAUGCCAUUAUAUGUCCCGUUGCACCUGGGGUGGCCACUGAACACAAUACUGCCAAGUACUGGACAUACACUGCAGUGUGGAAUCUACUAGACUAUCCUGCGCUGACUUUCCCUGCUGGAAGAGUUGAUAAGAAUAUUGACGUUAGAGACAAGCGGAAACGAUUUCUAAGUGGCUUAGACAAAGAGAAUUGGCAAUUAUGUGAGUGA